AGAUGGCGACGCCCGUCGGGUGGUCGCAGGGGGGUUCAGGAUCAGUGUGUCUCGCCUUCGAUCAACUGCGGGACGUGAUUGAGGCUCAGGAGGAACUGAUCCACCAGCUGAGGAACGUGAUGGUUCUCCAGGAUGAAAAUUUUGUCAGUAAAGAAGAGUUCCAGGCAGUGGAGAAAAAGCUGGUGGAAGAGAAAGCUGCCCAUGCCAAGACCAAGGUUCUCCUGGCCACGGAAGAGGAGAAGUUGCAGUUUGCCCUCGGAGAGGUAGAGGUGCUGUCUAAACAGCUGGAGAAAGAGAAGCUGGCCUUUGAAAAGGCGCUCUCCAGUGUCAAGAGCAGAGCCCUGCAGGAGUCCAGCAAGAAGGACCAGCUAAUCACCAAGUGCAAUGAAAUUGAGUCUCACGUUAUAAAGCAAGAAGAUAUACUUAAUGGCAAAGAGAAUGAGAUUAAGGAGUUGCAGCAAGUUAUCAGCCAGCAGAAAGAGAUCUUCAGGAAUCACAUGUCUGACUUUCGGAUCCAGAAGCAGCAGGAGAACUACAUGGCCCAGGUGCUGGACCAGAAGCAUAAGAAAGCCUCGGGGAUGCGUCAGACCUGGAGCCGCCAGUGUUCCAGGGAAAAAUAAAAUGGGCGUCUCCUUCCUGUUAUCUGGCUGUAAUGCCCAACCUCUGCCUUCUCUGCUGUGGUGGUCCCCAUCCUGACCCUUCCGAUC